AUGGCGGCCACCCCGGCUUUGGCGCAAACCAUCACGGAGGAUGAGGUGCGCGCCGCCGUGGGCGCGAUCGAUACCGAGGCGAUCAUCGCCAAUGACGCCCACGACCGGAACUGGCUGAAUUACGGACUGAACUACGCCGAGACCCGGUACUCCCAGCUCGACGCCAUCGACACGGAAAAUGUCGGCGAACUGGGCCUGCAAUGGUCCUACAGCCUCAAUUCGGACCGCGGCGUGCAAUCCACGCCCAUCGUCGUCGAUGGCGUGAUGUAUGUGACGGCCUCAUGGUCGAUCGUCCAUGCGCUCGAUGCGGUGACCGGAGAGCCGCUCUGGGUCUAUGAUCCCGAGGUCCCGGGCGACUUCGGCAAGCGCGGCUGCUGCGAUGUGGUGAACCGUGGUGUCGCCGUCUAUGACGGCAAGGUCUAUGUCGGCGCCUUCGACGGCUAUCUGCACGCCAUCGAUGCGGCGAGCGGCGAGCGGGUCUGGCGGGUCGACACGAUCGAAAACCGGGACAUGUCCUACACCAUCACCGGCGCGCCCAGGGUGAUCAACGGCAAGGUGAUCAUCGGCAAUGGCGGCGCCGAAUUCGGCGUGCGCGGCUAUAUCACCGCCUAUGAUACGGAAACCGGCGAGGAAAACUGGCGGUGGUACACCGUGCCGGGCGAUCCGUCCGAGCCGUUCGAGAACGAGGCCAUGGAGAUGGCCGCCGAAACCUGGGACCCGUCGGCCAAUUAUUGGGAAGCCGGCGGCGGCGGUACGGUCUGGGAUGCCAUGGCCUACGACCCCGACCUGAACCUGCUUUACAUCGGCACCGGCAAUGGCAGCCCCUGGAACCAGCAUCUGAGGAGCCCGGCGGGCGGCGACAACCUGUUCCUGGCGUCGAUCGUCGCACUGAACCCCGACACGGGCGAAUAUGUCUGGCAUUACCAGAACACGCCCGGCGACACCUGGGACUACACCUCGACCCAGCACAUCAUCCUGGCCGAUCUUGAGAUCGGCGGCGAGACGCGCCAGGUCCUCAUGCAGGCUCCCAAGAACGGCUUCUUCUACGUGAUCGAUCGGGUCACCGGCGAGUUCAUUUCGGCCGAGCCGUUCGUCGAAACGACCUGGGCGACGGCCUAUGGCGAAGAUGGCCGGCCGAUCGAAAACCCCGCCGCGCGGUCCAAGGACGAACCCUUCGAAACCGUGCCGUCGGCCUAUGGCGCACAUAACUGGCACCCGAUGAGCUACAAUCCGGACACCGGUCUGGUCUACAUUCCGGCCCAGGGCGUACCGCUGGUGCAGGCCACCGAUCCCAACUGGGAACUCAAUAGCCACCGGCCGAUGUCGACCAUGUCGGGUGUCGGCUGGAACCUUGGCUAUCUGUUCAACGUCGUGGCACCCGAAGCGACCCCGUUCGGUCAUCUUCUGGCUUGGGACCCGGUCGAGCAGCGCGAGGUCUGGCGCGCCGAAUAUGUCAGCCCAUGGAACGGCGGCACGCUGACCACGGCCGGAAACCUGGUGUUCCAGGGCACCGCCGAUGGCCGCUUCAUCGCCUACAAUGCCACCGAUGGCGCCCUCCUUUGGCAGGUCCCGGUGACCUCGGGCGUCGUGGCCGCCCCCAACACCUGGGAGCAUGAAGGCGAGCAGUAUGUCACGAUUGCCGUCGGAUGGGGCGGCGUCUACGGCCUGAUGCAGCGGGCGACCGACCGCGUGGGCGCCGGCAGGGUCUUCACUUUCCGCGUCGGCGCCGAUGCGCAGAUGCCGGAGGCGGAGAUGUCCAUGCGCACCGAACUGGUCUCCGGCGUGCCCUAUGACCCCGAGCACAUUUCGGCGGGGCUUGCGACAUAUGUCUCCAACUGCCUGUUCUGUCACGGCGUGCCGGGCGUCAACAAUGGCGGCGCGAUUCCCAAUCUGGGAUAUUCCGACGCCGGCACGCUGAUGGAUGCUGAAGCCUGGGUUCUGGAGGGCAUAGGUGUCGACCGGGGAAUGCCAAGCUUCGCGGACAAGCUGACGGCCGAAGACGUUGCCAACCUUGUGGCGUUCAUCCAGGGAACGGCUGACUCGCUGCAGCCUCAGUAG